AUGAGAAUGCUUUCUGGAAAAAGGUACUGGGGAGACGACAAUGAGGUUGGGGAUGGGGAAGAAGCAAGAAAGAUUCGAGAGAUUAUAAAACAACUGGUGUCUCUGGGAGGGGUAAAUAACAUUGCAGAUUUCUUGCCCAUACUUAUGUGGUUUGAUUUUGGUCACUUGGAGAAGAGGCUCAAGAGUUUUGCCAAGAGAGCCGAUGGAUUCUUGCAAGGUGUCAUUGAUGAGCAUCGAAAUGCAAAGCAGAGAGCAAAUACUAUGAUCGAUCAUCUUUUGAGUCUCCAAGAAUCACAGCCUGAGUACUAUACGGAUCCGAUCAUUAAAGGACUAAUUUUGGUCCUGGUCUUUGCUGCAACGGAUACUUCAGCUGUAACUUUAGAAUGGGCAAUGUCAAGAAACAAUACGUUAGCGGGACCUUCGGGGAAGACUCCUGAGGCUCAAUAG